CCCGCACACACACACACACACACACGCUCGACCCUCCUCCAGCCCCACCGCCCCACCAUGGCCACCUCCACCCUGUCCGUCUGCUCCAGCGACCUCAGCUAUGGCAGCCGGGUCUGCCAGCCCGGUGCCUGGGACUCCUGCCCCGACUCCUCCUGGCAGGUGGACGACGGCCCAGAGAGCUGCUGCGAGCCCCCCUGCUGCGCCCCCAGCUGCUGCGCCCCAGCCCCCUGCCUGAGCCUCAUCUGCACCCCUGCCAGCUGUGUGUGCAGCCCCUGCCAGUCAGCCUGCACCAGCUCCUGCACGCCCUCGUGCUGCCAGCAGUCUAGCUGCCAGCUGUCCUGCUGCACCUCUUCCCCCUGCCAGCAGGCCUGCUGCGUGCCCGUCUGCUGCACACCUGUCUCCUGCUCCCCCGUGUGCUGUGUGCCUGUCUGCUCUGGGGUCUCCCCCUGCUCAGACUCCUCAUGCUGCCAGCAGUCUAGCUGCCAGCACUCGUGCUGCACCCCCUCCCCUUGCCAGCAAGCCUGCUGUGAGCCCGUCUCCUGCACCCCUGUCUGCUGCACCUGUGACAGCUGCAAGCCCGUGUGCUGUGUGCCCGUCUGCUCUGAGGCCUCCCCCUGCUCAGGCCCCUCGUGCUGCCAGCAGUCUAGCUGCCAGCCCUCCUGCUGCACCUCCUCCCCCUGCCAGCAGGACUGCUGCGAGCCCAUCUGCCGCACACUCAUCUGCUCCAAGGCCACCCCCUGCCCAGCCCCCUCAUGCUGCCAGCCCAGCCCCUGCCCCCCGUCCUGCUGCAGACCCUCCUCCUGCGUGUCCCUCAUCUGCCGCCCGGUGUGCAGACCCGCCUGCUGCGUGCCCGUGCCCUCCUGCUGCGGCCCUGCCUCCUGCCAGCCCAGCUGCUGCCGCCCGGCCUCCUGCGUGUCCCUGCUCUGCCGGCCUGUGUGCAAACCCUCCUACUGCGUGUCCCUGCUCUGCCGCCCCACGUGCUCCCGCGUGGCCUGCUGCAUCCCUGCCCCGACCCAGAAGUCCUGCUGCUGAGUGAUUAAAGGCACCCCAAAGCUCGAGAGCUCACUGCCAUCUGCAGCCCCUGGAUUCUUUACCAAGAGCCAAAAUAGCUGUCAAGCCCCCUUCAUGGGCCCCCGCAGUGGGCAUUUGUGGCUACCUGGCCACACAUGUGCAGUCGUCCUCCACAGAAUAGCUCACCCAUUUCUUCAAGGACUGACUUCCCCCAAAUCAACGUGCCCUGCCCCCCAGCCUGGGUUGGCAGAGACCCAGUGAGGCCCCUGGCCUCCCCCAGGCCUUUGAAGGUCCUGUGGAGUGGAGCAGAGAAGAUGAACUGCUUGGAGUGGGUUUCUCAUCGCCGCCACCGGACCUGGGUAUGGCCCUGGCUCCUCCACUGGUUCCUGAGCUGGUUUCUUUACCUUCCCCUCGUUCUGUGAGCUGCCAGUCCCUUCUAAUAAACUCCUUGCCUGAUGAAUUUAA